UGUCCAACUUUACCGAUUACUAAAUACCGGCGGCAAUUUCAUAGCCAUUGACGGAAGUUGAAAUACCAGCGGCAAUUUCAAUUGUUGAAUUGCAUAGCCAUUGGCGGAAGUUGAAGAAGAGCAGAGUCUUAUCAAUCAGCUUAUAAAUUGCUGAUAGGCUUCACCAGAAGAGGUUUAUUUGCUUGAGUGAAGACCUUUUUUAUAUAAGAGAUGUACUAGUACAUGAGAACUUCCCUUCGUGUGUGGUAAAUGGUACCAGAAAUUCUUGGUUCACUAUUGCAUCAUUGUUCUAAGACCAAGGCAUUCCAUUAUGGACUCUCUCUUCAUGCAGCUGCAAUCAAGUCAGGCUUACCAGGUGAUGUUCUUAUAUCUAAUCACAUCCUCAACAUGUAUGCCAAGUGUGGAAAUAUUAACUUUGCCAGUCAGAUUUUUAAUGAGAUGUCCAAAAGAAAUCUCGUUACCUGGUCAGCCAUGAUCGCUGGUUAUGAUCAAGAUGGGAAACACCUCAUGGCUAUCAGCCUCUACUCCCAAAUGCCACUAGAGCCCAAUGAAUUUGUCCUUGCUAGUGCUCUUAGUUCAUGUGCUAACCUCUUGGCCUUGAAACUUGGUAGGCAAAUACAUUCCCAGUCUAUCAAAUUAGGCUGUUCAUCCAUUUCGUUUGUGUCCAACUCUCUGAUCUCAAUGUACAUGAAAAAUGGUCAAUGUAGUGACGCUCUAUCAGUUUUUGCAUUGACACCCACUCUUACUGAUGUCUCCUACAACACAAUCAUAAUGGGUUUGGUAGAAAGUAAUCAAAGAGAGAAAGCAUUUGAAGUCUACAAAAGUAUGUGCCAACAAGGGUUGGUUCCGGACCGCUUUACCUUUGUUGGCUUAUUAGGAACCUGCGAUACUGCACAUGAUUUGGGGAAAGGAAUGCAAUUGCAUAGCCAAACAAUCAAGCUCAAACUUGAUGGGACCGCCUUUAUAGGCAAUAUAAUAAUGACAAUGUACUCAAAUUUGAACUUGUUAAAUGAAGCUGACAAAAUUUUCAGAUCAAUCAAAGAGAAAGAUGUCAUUUCAUGGAAUACUCUCAUUGCUGCUUGUUCUCGUUGUGAUGAUCAUUCUAAGGCCUUGGUUGUUUUUAGAGAGAUGGUCGAAUAUUUUGAUGGAGGGCCUGAUGAGUUUACUUAUGCUAGUCUGCUUUCUGCAUGUGCUGGCAUGGGUUCGAUGCAAUUUGGGCAGCAAAUACAUGCUCAUCUUAUUAGAAAAAGCUCAAGUGUAGAUAUUGGUGUUGUCAAUGCCCUUGUGAACAUGUAUGCUAAAUGUGGCUGUAUCCAGUAUGCAUAUACAACUUUUAGGCUAAUGAUUUCUCGUAACCUUGUCUCAUGGAAUAGUGUCAUUGCUGGAUUUGCUAACCAUGGCCACGGAAAAAAAGUUAUAAAAUUAUUCGAGGAGAUGAAGAGUGUUGGUUUAAAGCCUGAUUCUGUCACAUUUCUCGGACUUCUAGUCGCUUGCAAUCAUGCAGGGCUUGUAGAUGAGGGCCUAUAUUACUUCAAUACCAUGAACGAGAUUUAUGGGGUUACUCCCGACAUUGAACAUUUCUCUUGCCUCAUUGAUUUACUAGGACGAGCUGGGAGACUGAAAGAUGCUGAAGAAUACAUGCAAAGGUACCCCUUUGGGCAUGAUUCAGUUGUUUUAGGUUGCUUACUUUCAGCUUGUCGGCUGCAUGGUGAUGUUGUAAUUGGGGAAAGAAUGGCUAAGAAGCUCCUACAGCUUCAGCCAGUUUCUACUUCGCCUUAUGUUUUGUUAUCAAACUUAUAUGCUUCAGACGAGAAGUGGAAUAGUGUAGCAGAGGCAAGAAAAAUGCUGAAGAGUUGUGGUUUAAAGAAGGAGGCGGGUCAUAGUCUCAUUGAAGUGAAGGGAUCUGUUGAGAAGUUCACAAUUGGCAAUUUUGCGAACUCAAGGAUUGAGGAAAUCGUGAAUGUGCUUGGAACUUUAGGCUGUGGAUGGGAUGAAGAAAUUAUCCUCCUUGAUUCAGCAUAGGAAAGGCAGAUCUGUUCCCACUGCUUCAGCACUAUUGCGAACAUUAAGCUCGGCAUGUACGAAGGAUUUCUGAAAUGACAGAUUUUACUGAACUAACAAAGUCUGACAGGUCGAGUUUUGUGACUGCAAUCACCCUAUGCUUUGGUAACAGCUGAGUUUGUUGCCCUCAUUCUUUAGGGAUGGAUUUGGCAUUUUGAUCCCCACUGACUGAAAUUUUCCUCUUUAAGGUGCAUAAGAAAGUUUAUAUUCUUUGACCUUUGUGGCUGAUUUUGUAACUCUAAUUCUUUAAGCAUAGGUUUCACAAUUUGAUCCUACUGAAUUUAAAUUAAAAUAGGUUGGGUGAGCUUCCAAAUUAACUCAAGUCUCAUUGAAUAAGUAAACAAUUGGAUUGGUUCAAUGACAGAAAUUUGCCUCUAAAACUGCGUAGAGAACUCUUAAUUCUUGGCCUUUCAGGUUCAGGUAUGAAUUUGUUAGAACGAUUAAAAGGUAUCUUGUUAAAAUCAGUUUUCUCUAUGGAGAUGCAGUUGCUCUUUACCUGCAUCCCGUAUUUGAGAUUCUACGAUCUUAUGCAUAUGGAGAAUUUCUUUGACGUGUGAAUGAAAUGUCAUUUCGCUUUUGGGAUUUAUUCUUUUCUGUGUAUCAAUUUUGAGCUACAAGUAAACUCUUAGCAUACGCUACUUUUCCAGGUCAUAUUAUGUCUCAAAAAAUCACUUUCGUAAGUUUAUGUAUCGUGUAAUGUGACGGAAUAAGUGGUUCUUUGAAUGCUAGUUGUUCUGGUACAGUGUCUGUAUCUAUUUAUCUACGAGCAGCUAUACUCUCUAAUUUCAUAUACUCACUUCU